UUGGCAGCUUCGGCUCCUCCGUCCUCGCCAUGGCAGCAUAUUUAGAACCAAGCUUCUCUUCCUCGAAUCUCUCUCUCACAUCCUCGCUGGGAGGAGUUAAGACGCGAGGAAAGGAAACGAGUGAGGGAGGCGAGGAUACACGUUAGCAUAAUGAAAAGCAUCCGUGAUAUCCCCUGCACGUUCUCUGGUCUAGACACAAUGGCAUCAUCAUCACCUCUAUCCAAGGCCAACACCACCUUCUCUCUGGCUUUGUUCAAAAAGCUGAGUGAGAAGGACAAGACUGCGAAUGUCUUCUACUCCCCUUUUAGCAUCUCUUCAGCCCUGGCUAUGGUGAUGCUGGGGGCCAGGGGCAACACAGCCACACAGAUGUCAGAGUGCCUGAAAACCCAGGAUUGUCAGGAUGAUGUCCACGUUAGGUUUGCCCAACUGCUGAGCGAGCUUAACAAGCCAGGUGCUCCUUAUGCCCUCAGUGUUGCCAACAGACUGUACGGGGAGCAGUCCCACCUAUUUGUUGAGGAUUUCUUAACACAAACCAGGACACACUACAAUGCAGAGCUGGAAUCUGUGGACUUCAAAACCGGCUCAGAGGCAGCCAGGCUCAACAUCAACAGCUGGGUGGACAAGCAGACACAAGGUAAAAUCAAAGAUGUGGUGGCCAAAUACAUGGUGAACGAGAUGACCAGGCUGGUGCUGGUCAAUGCCAUCUACUUCAAAGGCACCUGGAAUGAACCGUUCUUGGGAAAUCGCACUUAUGAUGAUCAUUUUAGACUCAACAAGAAUGACACUAAGCCAGUAAAGAUGAUGAAACAGACCACCUACUUUCCUCUUGUCUUCAUUCCUGAAGCCAACUGCCAGAUCCUUGAGAUACCUUACAAAGGGAAGGAGCUCAGCAUGCUCAUCUUUUUACCUGAGGAGAUAGAGGAUGAUACAACAGGCCUAGAGAAGCUGGAGAAGCAGCUGACCUAUGAGAAAUUUGUGGAGUGGACUGGUCCAGGCAAGAUGAGUAAGGUUGAGGUUGCGGUGAGCCUGCCUCGAUUCAAGAUGGAGGAGACGUAUGACCUGAACGAUGUCCUGAAAAGCAUGGGCAUGGUGGAUGCCUUUGAUGACAAAAAGAGUGACUUCUCUGGCAUGUCUGAGACCAAAGGCCUGACACUGUCAAAAGUCGCCCACAAGGCUUUUGUGGAGGUGAAUGAGGAGGGAACCGAGGCUGCUGCUGGCACUUCUUGCUACUUUGAGCUGAUGUGUGCUAAGCUCAAUUUAGCCCAUUUCAAGGCAGACCACCCCUUCCUCUUCUUCAUCCGACAUAACACCACCAUGAGCAUUCUCUUUGCCGGCCGAUUCUGCUCCCCUGUGUUUGAUCCGUUCGGCUUCUGUACAAUGACAUGGGAGAAUGCGGAAGCUCAUCUGAUAGUUUUCGGGGCGUGUCAGUUUGUAAAUAAUAAAACAGAUGCUUUAAAGAAGAAGUCUCCCUGUGACGGAAAGACUCCUGAUCAUUUGAGGACUGCAAGAAAAGUGUCUGUCAACACAAUGGCAUCACCAACCCCUCUGUCCAAGGCCAACACCACCUUCUCUCUGGCUUUGCUCAAAAAGUUGGGGGAUGUGGACAAGACCGCAAAUGUCUUCUACUCUCCUUUUAGCAUCUCUUCAGCCCUGGCUAUGGUGAUGCUGGGGGCCAGGGGCAACACAGCCACACAGAUGUCAGAGGUCCUCAGGUUCACUAAGGCAGGGAAGCCAAGGCAUGCAAGAGCACCGCAGAUGCAAAUGCAGAUGGAGCAGCAGCAGCAGCAGCAGGACCAGUCCAGACUGCCACCAUGUCUGCUGAAGUCCCUGAAAACCCAGGAUUGUCAGGAUGAUGUCCACGUUAGCUUUGCCCAACUGCUGAGCGAGCUCAACAAGGCAGGCGCUCCGUAUGCCCUCAGUGUUGCCAACAGACUGUACGGGGAGCAGUCCUACCAGUUUGUUGAGGAUUUCUUAGGAAAAACCAAGAAGCACUACAACGCAGAGCUGGAGUCUGUGGACUUCAUAACCAGCUCAGAGACAGCCAGGGUCCACAUCAACAGCUGGGUGGAGAAGCAGACACAAGGUAAAAUUAAGGACGUGCUGGCCGAGGGUGUGGUAGACAGCAUGACCAGGCUGGUGCUGGUCAAUGCCAUCUACUUCAAAGGCACUUGGAACAAGCAGUUUCAGGAGAGUUCCACACGUGAUGCCAAGUUUAGACUCAACAAGAAUGACACGAAGCCAGUGAAGAUGAUGCACCAGAAAACUAAGUUCCCUUUCACCUACAUCCCCGAAAUCAACUGCCAGAUCCUAGAGAUGCCUUACAAAGGAAAGGAGCUCAGCAUGCUAAUCUUUCUACCCAAUGAAUUAAACGACGGUACCACAGGUCUGGAGAAGCUGGAGAAGGAGCUGACCUAUGAGAACUUUGUGGAGUGGACUCGUCCAGACAUGAUGGAUAAUGUUGAGGUCCAGGUGGAGCUGCCUCGGUUCAAGAUGGAGGAGAACUAUGACAUGAAGAAUGUCCUGGUCAGCAUGGGCAUGGUGGAUGCCUUCGACAUGGUAGCGAGUGACUUCUCCGGCAUGUCUCCCGCCAACGACCUGGUACUGUCAAAGGUCAUCCACAAGGCUUUCGUGGAGGUCAACGAGGAGGGAACUGAGGCCGCUGCUGCCACUGCUGCCAUCAUGAUGCUGCGCUGUGCCAUGCGUCCAGCUGCCUUCAUCGCAGACCACCCCUUCCUCUUCUUCAUCCGACAUAACCCCUCCAUGAGCAUUCUCUUCGCUGGCCGAUACUGCUCCCCCGAGUGAGCACUACUUGUUCAGAGCAAUGUUGUUUCUCGACUGGAGGGGGGUUACAAUACAUCUACUAUUGCAACAGUAUAAAAUGUUAUUUGGUAUUACUCAAAGAUUUUGAGAAUCACAGCUCUAGAGUUUCCUUUAGCUAAUCACACCCUUAGUUCCCAUCCUAUAUUUUUCAUUGUUGGAUUUUAUAAACUGCGGCUUCUUGUCUGCAUCACUUCUGACAUGAGCGAUUCUGUGUUUAUCCUGUGCCUUCCUGAACAUUAGGUUCUUGCACUGUUUAUCUUUUGCACCUAAUCUCAUUCUUAGCAUCUGGUUUACUUUGUCUGUAAUGUGUGUAUGGCCCUGUUUGCUGCACACUCACACCCUACCUUAGUUUAGCUAUACCAUUAAAGUCUAGUUUAUUUAAUCUUAUACCUUACACCCUUUGAAAGAAUUAUUCUUUACCACAAUGUCUAUUGUGCCUCUUCAACAGCUAGCACAGACGUCAACUGUGCUUUAAUACCAAAUGAAGGUGUGACAGUUGCAAGAUUCUCUGCACUUUUUCUACAGAACAUGCAAUUUCAUUGUUUUAUAUAUAUUCAGUUAGCCAAAGAGAAUAAUGUGAUGAAAUCACAUUGUCAGAUAGACAUGUCCUUGGUGAUUUGUAAUCAAGCAAAGCGCAGUUACCGGUAUAUGCAAUUGUGCCAUUAUGCAUAUAACAAAUAUAGACUAUAAAGAACAAGAGCUUACAUGAAGGUUUGAACUGGCACUGAGUCCUGGUCAUUUUCAUGCAUCCUUGUGCUUUUACUGAUAGAAUAAAAGUGUGUGGUUCGCA